CGGCCCAGUGAGUGCGAAGACCUCCGAAACUGCUCGAAAACACGCAGUACACACGCACAGCGCGAGAUUCCGGUACAAUACUAGUUACGGGAGAGCAAGCGCCGCGAGAACAAAGCCGACUCUCCCAACGCUGCCGCCGCCGCGGCGAGGCGUCAAGCUUCACUUCCGCGUGAUCGUGCAGCCCCGCGCCGGGAUCUUCGCCACGCAGACGCGCGUGACGCGGCCGUCGACCUUCGACUCGCACGUCCCGCACUGGCCGUCCUCGCAGUUGAAUUUGAUGGGCGCCCGCGCGGCGCGGACGACGUCCUUCAUGCGCUGGCCCGGCAUGGCCUGGACCGUCCGCGACCCGAUCUUGACGGGCACGGUCUUCUUUUGGGUGGAGAGGCCGCUGCCCGCGUUUGGUUUGUUGUCGAAGGACUCGUUCUUGAAGGCGUUGUCGAAGAAACCUUUGCGCGGCGUGAGCGGCGCGCGCUGCGGCGCGUUGGGCACGAGGCCCACGGCAGCGCUUACGCAGAGGGCGGCGAGCAGCCGAUGCAUGGUCAGAGUGUCGGUGUGCUGCUUCCUAGGAGUGCCGUGCAACGCGGUUUUGCGUCGUGUGGCUGAAGCUACUGACUCCUACAGCUCGCGCAGCUGUUUUGUUCGCUGUGCGGGCUCGUGAUAGCGCGUAAAAAGCGCUCCGUAAAUACGUCAAAUGGCAUGAGG